AUGGCUGAUUCCGAUGAUUUUCUCUUUGACGAUGUAGAAUUGGACGACACUACGCUUGCAGCACUCGAUGAAGCGGAGAAAACCUACUUCUCUAAUACUAGCACUGGAGUUCACCUUACAACUCCCCCUACGCCUCCGCCUGCCAAACGGCUGAAGACCGCUCACCGCGUCGCGACGCGUCAAAUUGACCAAACUGCUAGCCUGGACAAUGUAGAGGACUUGCCGGAUAUUUCAAUUCAGGAAGACGGGACUUACGGACUUGGUCCCACCCCACCCGACUCGGACGUGCGCAGAAGACUGGGAGAGUCGGUGACCAGCCAGGAGAGGCCGGUACGACAGGAGUAUUCCCCUCGGCCUGCAAGGGCGCCGUACGCAAGCAAUGUUGCGUCUUCGUCACACGCCAAACCGCAAAGUGCUCGGACCCUUGCACCCAUACCACCCACCCGCUAUGUACAACACGAGCAACAGAUCGGCAUGGGGGAGCUACAAAAACAGAUUGAAGAGCUUCAGAGACAGCAGGCUCAAAUGCAGGCUGAGCUAAAGCAAGCCGUGGAUGCGAGAUUGACAAAAGAAGGCGAGGUUUCUGUCCUCAGAAAGGCUAUGGAAAAGACGUCUCGCGAUCAUUCAGCUGAGCUGUCUAAAUUACGAGCAGCGAAAGAGGAGGCAGACGCGAAACAACGUAAAACCCAACAGGCAAUGAGGGAAGAAAUGGAGUCGCUAAAGACGCAGUUUAUCUUCAAGCAACAAGAACAACUUUCUGCAAUGCCGAGUCUGAAGGCCCCCAGCUCUGUACGGAGCAAGAAGAUCGCGAACAUGCCAUCGUCCACCGCUCUACACCCGUUAUCUCAGGCAGGUGCUUGGAAUCGUGAUGGCUCCAAUGUCGCUGGCCCAAGCAAUAAGAUCUUUGAGACGCCUCGACGGCCGCGACAUUUGCCGUCGACUCAGCGACUCACGCCUAAACGUUUGCAACCUCCGAAGUCGCCAGAGAAAAUGCGACAGUCUGCUCUGCUUCCCGGGUUUGAGAACGCUUUCAUGCCCUCUUCGCCUGUAGCAAAAACACAAAUACAGUCCGAUAGAAAGGGGAAGCAGAAAGCGAUCGACUUGUUAAAGGAUGAUAGUGAUGGAGUUGUUGAGCGCGAUGGGCUUGAUUUAUGGGAACGAGCAGACGCUGUCAUACCACCAUUUCCCUUGGCUCGUGCGGCGCGGUCAGAAGCGGGUGACAUGGAUGUCGAUAGUGCACGUCCGACGGAGGUGCUGUUCGAUGUCCCUAUGACCGACGAAGUAGCCGCAGAUGUACCUUUGGUUGUGGAAGAGGGGCUUGAUGAUGUGAAACCCUUUGACUGGAGUGCAGAGGUAGGGACAUGCUCCAUCGACUUCUCCUCAGCUCAUGUAGAGCUGCGUUUAGCUGUCAAGGAUCGUGUCUACACAUACGGCUAUCUCGUCAACAAUACUGACCUUGCAGGUCCUGAUGGGAGUCAAUUUCCCUCCGACACUACAAUCAACACAGCCUCUGUGCCAUUUCAUGAGGUGCUUGAAACUGUGCUAUGCGCAUUCAUAGACAUGAUAUAUGUCCUCAUGUCGGCCAACCUCAUCCCUCCGUUGGCUACCUUGCUAGACUUGAUCACAUUGCUAGAUUUCUCUUUACCCAACGUCUCCAAUGUGCUAUUAGCUCAACAAUCGGAAGACCCCGAUCGACCUACUAUCCUGGUUCAUCUGAAGGCUAUAAUAACGCAAUAUCUUCGGCCAGCUGUUCAGGUCGAAGAGAAAAUGCUUUUGGCCCGCGGAACUAUUGGAUUGCUGGAAGCUUUGUGUUGGAAUGUCUCCGAAGAAAGUAUAACGAGGAUGAGCGUCAUUGCUUCGGAUUCGGAUAUGAUACCAAUUCUUCUAGAUCGCUCUCAACCAGACGACGUGUUGUCCCAAACCAUCCGGUUUCUCGCCCUUCUAGCUACUCAUGACGCAUUGCGUCGUGUUUUACUCACUGUCCCCCCGGAUGCUCCAGCUAAUACAAUCCCGCUCGUCGAGAGAACAUCUACAUAUCUCGUGGAUCAGCGUGAAGGACCCGAAGCAGAUUACUCGCGCACAUUGCUGAUAUGCUUCUUCGGAACGCUGGCUACAACCAUUGAUUGUGCUAGUAUACUGGCGGCAUCCCCUGUGCUGGUUCCUGCUUUGAUUUCCUAUGUCGCGAAUCUGGUCUCUCCAAUAUGGGAAGACGACAAGAAGUACUUGGACAAUCCCAGUCUAGCCGAUUGCGUGAUCAGGACGCUGGGAGAUACACUGUGUCUACUCCAUCAUCUGGUCUUCUCCACCCAGCCUCCGUUAGACUUGCUCCUCAAACUCCAGCAGGCUCCCCCUCGAUAUUUCAACGGCGCCAAUCACGUCUUCAUCGUGGCCUUUGGCAGACUCAGUUAUGCCGAUCCACCUUCUUGGAUGAACAAGACAACGGUGAUUGCGCUGGAGAGGGUCAUUGAUAUGGCCAAAGAUCUCCUUGAACAUGUGGUGGAUGGCCCGGAAGGUGACGCCAUAUGGGAAGUAUAUCAAGGGAACUUUGAUAAUGCGAGCGAGACCGACGAAGGGGACAUGGAGGCCCAACUCUUAGGUACGGCUCCAAGUGGAGAUUAG